UUCCCUUUCGGGGCAUUGUGGGAACGCGCGAUGCGGCCCGGCCUCACCUGAGCGGGGCGGGCGGGACGGAGGCGGCCGGGCCGGGCUGGGCCGGCUCCCAGCCAGCCGCCGCACCAUGAUACACUUUAUACUGCUGUUCAGUCGGCAGGGGAAGUUAAGGCUUCAGAAAUGGUACACGACGCUACCUGAUAAAGAGAAGAAAAAGAUCAUUCGAGAAAUUGUUCAGAUUAUUUUGUCUCGCAAUCAAAAGACAAGUAGUUUUGUUGACUGGAAAGACCUCAAGCUUGUUUACAAAAGGUAUGCUAGUUUGUAUUUCUGCUGUGCAAUAGAAGACCAGGAUAAUGAGCUCUUGACACUAGAGGUCGUUCAUCGAUACGUGGAGCUCCUGGACAGAUACUUUGGAAAUGUGUGCGAGCUGGAUAUCAUCUUCAAUUUUGAAAAAGCUUAUUUUAUUCUUGAUGAGUUUAUAAUUGGUGGAGAAGUACAAGAGACUUCAAAGAAGACUGCAGUGAAAGCCAUAGAAGACUCUGACAUGUUGCAGGAGACAGUGGAAGAAUACAUGAACAAGCCUGCAUUUUAGUGUUAAACUACCUGAAGAGAAAACUGCUGUAUGAACCUCUAAAGUGCACUUCCUGAAAUUGCUUCCCAAUGUGCCAGAUCCUCAGAGAAAUACCAAAAACCAAUAACUGAAGGGGUUUGUUUGUAUAAUGGUGAAGAUGAAAGUCAGCUAAUGUAGCAAAGGGUUUAACAAUUCUGUGCUUUGCAUUACUCUGUACAUGAGUUUCUCAGAGUUGUUACUACCCCAAUCUAGUUUCUCUGCUCCUUGCUGGACUCAGCUGUUUUGCACCAUGUCUUUUAGCUACGGGUUUUGUCAUCACAAAAUGCUCCUCUGACAACACUUUGAAGAGGUAUUUUUACUAGUUUUGUUCACUGCUGACUGUAUGAAUCUACUUUUGUACAAAUGUCCAUUAUUUUGAAUGUAAUGGUUAUUCUUCUGUAAUAAUAAUUUUUUUCUAAAAGCCAAAUAGUUGUGGGCCCUGAUUUCAUA